UCUGACGCAUUUCUUGUAGACAAGGAGCUGACGUGGUAAAAGUGAGUGCAGCGUGGCAGACAACACUGCUUUAAAGUCAGGUUCCACAAGUGACAGGUGAAAAAGCCACUGAGUCAAAACUAAACUAAAUACAAGCUGUUUUUCCCACCCUGGAGAUCAACCAUUAACUUUGGGCUGAAUCAAACAAGGCAGGGCAUAAAUAGCAAUCGCUAUUCCCCUUCUGUCUUCUUCUUCUAUGGUGUAGACAUGGGGAAAGGCGUCUACAUCAGCAAAGCGGUGGCAGUAACCUGUGUGGUUGCAGCCAUCGGUGCUGUGGCCACCAUUAUAGCUUUGUCUGUGGUUUAUGCUCAGGAGAAGUCAAAGAAUGAAGAGAUUCUUCCAACAGCUACAACCCCCACCCCACCUACAACACCCUCCACGCCAAAGGAGCCCUGGCAACGUUACCGACUUCCGGACUCCCUCUCUCCUGUCACCUACAAUGUGACCCUGUGGCCCUGGCUGGUGCGCAACGCAGAGGACCUAUACAUAUUCAAGGGACACUCCACCGUGGUCUUCAAAUGUGUGAAGGAGACUGACCUCAUCAUCAUUCACUGCAACAAGCUGAACCUCACCAUGUUCGACAGAUACCAUGCCAAGUUGAGUGGGGUCAGCGGAAGCACUGCGCCUGGCCUGAAACACACCUGGUUGGAGGUUCCCACCCAGUACCUGGUGGUGCAGCUCAUGGGCCCACUGAAGGUCGGCAGCACAUAUGAGCUCUUUACUGAGUUUGUUGGAGAGCUGGCUGAUGACUUGGGAGGAUUCUACAGGAGUGAAUACAUAGAAGAUGGGGUGAACAAAGUUGUGGCCACGACUCAAAUGCAACCAACGGAUGCCAGGAAGGCCUUCCCCUGCUUCGAUGAGCCUGCCAUGAAAGCUGUCUUCUACAUUACUCUCUUACAUCCCCAUGGGACUGUGGCUCUGUCCAACGGCAUGGAUCUCGAGCCUAUUAACAUCACCAUGGAAGGCCAGCAUGUAAUCCAGACAAGCUUUGAGCCCACAGAGAUUAUGUCAACCUACUUGCUGGCAUUUGUCGUGUGUGAGUUUGGAUUCAUUAGCACGCCACCGGGUGCAGAAGUCUUGGUCAGGAUCUGGGCCCGCAAGAAGGCUAUAGAGCAGGGCCAGGGAGAUUAUGCCCUGAAUAAGACUGGACCCAUACUGGAAUUCUUUGAGAAGUACUACAACUCUUCCUACCCCCUGGAGAAAUCAGACCAGAUCGCUCUUCCUGACUUCAGUGCUGGAGCCAUGGAGAACUGGGGCCUGAUUACCUACAGAGAAACCGCCCUCUUAUAUAAUCCUGGAGUGUCAUCCAAUGGAGAUAAGGAGUGGGUGGCAACAGUCAUCUCGCAUGAGCUCGCUCAUAUGUGGUUUGGGAACUUGGUGACCACGAGGUGGUGGAAUGACUUGUGGCUCAAUGAAGGGUUUGCCACUUAUGUCUCUUAUCUUGGAGCCAACUUUGCUGAACCAAAUUGGAAUAUGAAAGAUUUAAUAGUUCUAAAUGAGAUUACUGGUGUGAUGUCUGUGGAUGCCUUGGCCUCCUCUCAUCCCCUGUCAUCCAAAGAGGAGGACAUCAUGACACCAGAGGAUAUCAGUCAACUGUUUGACUCCAUCACAUACAGCAAGGGAGCUGCAGUCCUCAGGAUGCUCUCAGAGUUUAUCACCGAGCAGGUCUUUUCCAGUGGACUUCAAACAUACUUAAAGGCAUUUGAGUAUAGGAACACAGUCUACAAAGACCUCUGGAAGCAUCUGCAAAUGGCAGUGAAUAAAAGUUCCAGCGUAAAGCUCCCGAAUACUGUGGAGGAAAUCAUGAACCGCUGGAUCCUACAAAUGGGAUUCCCGGUGGUCACCAUCGACACCCAGAGUGGAACAAUCACCCAGAAGCACUUCUUGUUGGACCCGGACUCUGUAGUGAACACACCUUCACCCUUUAACUAUGAGUGGUUUGUGCCUCUUACCUGGAUUAAGACAGGGGGAAGUGAACAGCAGCACUGGCUUCUUGCCAAAGAAGAUACACGUCCAGAUGUUAUGCUUGGUCCUAAUGACUGGUUGGUGGCCAAUAUAAAUAUGAAGGGUUUCUACAGAGUCAACUACGACUCUGGAAACUGGGAGCGUCUCCUCGCCAAGCUCAGCUCCAAACAUACGGAUAUUCCAGUGAUCAACCGUGCUCAAAUUAUUGAUGAUGCCUUUAACCUUGCAAGGGCAAAGAUAGUGAACACAACUUUGGCUCUGAGGACUACCAAGUUCCUCAAUAAAGAAACUGACUAUAUGCCCUGGGAGACAGCAAGUCGCAACUUGAACUACUUCUUUCUCAUGUUUGACCGCAGUGAAGUGUAUGGACCCAUGCAGGCUUACAUAAAGAAACAGGUGACUCCACUGUUUGAGCACUUCGAAAAGCUCACUGUCAACUGGACAGAGAUCCCAGAAAAUCACACCGACCAGUACAACCAGAUAAAUGCCAUCUCCUUAGCCUGCAAAACUGGACUAGAAAACUGUAGUAAGCUGACCACUGGCUGGUUCAAAGAGUGGAUGGACAACCCAGCUGACAACAAAAUAAGUGCCAACUUGAAGUCUACAGUGUACUGCAGUGCAAUUGCAGCAGGAGGAGUGGAUGAGUGGGACUUUGCUUGGUCCAUGUAUAAGAAUGCCUCCAUCGCUUCAGAAGCCGAUAAGCUCAUGUACGCUCUGUCCUGCACCAAACAGCCCUGGCUGCUGAACAGGUAUCUGCAGUAUUGUCUGGACCCAAACAAGAUCCGUAAGCAGGAUGCUACAUACACGAUUUCUUACAUUGCUAGUAAUGCCAUCGGCCAACCACUGGCAUGGGACUUUGUCAGAGCCAACUGGGACCAUAUAUACAAUGACUAUGGUGGUGGAUCAUUUUCUUUUGGAGGACUAAUUAAUGGAGUGACCAAACGAUUCUCCACUGAGUUUGAGUACAAGCAGUUGCUUCAGUUCAAAGAAGACAAUGCAGGCCAGCUUGGCUCAGGCGCCUCAUCUCUUGAACAGGCAUUGGAGAGAACCAAGGCCAACAUGAACUGGGUGGCCAUGAACAAAGAACAGGUGUUUAAUUGGUUUAACAGUGAAGCGCCUUCUUCAGUUUAACACUCUCCACUAUGCAGUUUUCAAAUGUAGAUUUUUCUACUUUUACUCUGGAAGCAAAUUUGUUAUUGUAAAUGAAUGUGAUGAGGCUUUUUUUUUGUAAAUGUAAAGUUUUGAUCAAGCCUUUUUAUGCAUAAAGAUUAUUUGAUACCAAAAUUAGGUUUUGUAUGAGGCAAAUAAAUUUUAAUACUGUG